AUGUCGCAAGAUAAGUGCCCGGUAGACCACACGCAAAGAGCAGCGUGGAUGGAGAAAAUGGCGCAGCCCGCUGAAACGGCCGCAGAAAAGUGUCCCGUGGACCAUCUGGCUCGGGCCAAGUGGCUUUCCAGCGUUUCAGUCACAGCACAAGCGCCAGAAGCGAUAGAAACCCCGACAGAGGGGUGUGAUUCGGCCAAGCUCGCCCAAGAGCCCGUGUACUCCACUUCGGCGCCUCUACCUACGGAGCGGGAGAUCAGCUCGAUCCCACGGACAGACACACGCAGCCACUGGGUGUAUCCGCUGCAGAAGCAGUUUUACGAGGCGAUGAAGAGGAAAAACUGGAACCCGGAGGCGGCAGACAUGCAGACGGUGGUGCCGAUCCACAACCAGGUGAACGAGCUUGCGUGGCGCCACAUCAUGUUCUGGGAGCAGGCGCAUCUUGCUGCGGCGGAACAGAAAUGUGGCGGGAUCUCGUUGACGUCGUUCAAGGGCGACUCGAAGAAGUUGACGCCGCGGGCGUGGUUCCGUCUGACUGUUUUGGGCGAGGAAAAGCCCUUCGACCGGCACGAUUGGGUCGUGGACCGGUGCGGUGUGGAGGUUCCGUACGUGAUUGAUUUCUACAGUUCGGGCGAAAAGGGUGUGACGGUGGACGUGCGCCCCAAAUUGUCGUCGUGGGAAGGCGUCAAGUUGCGGGUGGGCCGUGCUUUGGGCUGGGCAUGA